GACAGGAAAAGAAUGGCAUUAAAACAGAUUUCCAGCAACAAGUGCUUUGGGGGAUUGCAGAAAGUUUUUGAACAUGACAGUGUUGAACUGAACUGCAAAAUGAAAUUUGCUAUCUUCUUGCCACCAAAGGCAGAAACUGGAAAAUGCCCUGCACUGUAUUGGCUGUCUGGUUUGUCUUGCACAGAACGGAAUUUUAUAACAAAAUCUGGUUAUCAUCAGGCUCCUCAGAACAUGGCCUCAGAACAUGGCCUUGUUGUCUUUGCUGUAGACACCAGCCCUCAUGGCUACAAUAUUAAAGAGGAAGAUGAGAACUGGGACUUUGGCACUGGUGCUGGGUUUUAUGUGGAUGCCAGUGAAAAUCCUUGGAAAACUAACUACAGAACAUACUCUUAUGUAACAGAGGAGCUUCCCCAACUCAUAAAUGCCAAUUUUCCAGUGGACCCCCAAAGGAUGUCUCUUUCUGGCCACUCCAUGGGAGGCCAUGAAGCUCUGAUUUGUGCUUUAAAGAAUCCUGGAAAAUACAAAUCUGUGUCAGCAUUUGCUCCAAUUUGCAAUCCUGUGCUUUGCCCUUGGGGCAAAAAAGCCUUUAGUGGAUAUUUGGGAACAGAUCAAAGUAAAUGGAAGGCUUAUGAUGCUACCCAUCUUGUGAAGGCCUAUCCAGGUUCUCAGCUGGACAUACUAAUUGAUCAAGGAAAAGAUGACCAGUUUCUUUCAGAUGGACAGUUACUGCCUGAUAACUUCAUAGCUGCCUGUACAGAAAAGAAAAUCCCUGUUGUUUUCAGAUUACAAGAGGGUUAUGAUCAUAGCUACUACUUCAUUGCAACCUGUAUUACUGAUCACAUCAGACAUCAUGCAAAAUACCUGAAUGCUUGA